AUGCGCAAACUCCAGUUCCGUAUGGAACAGAUUGGUUUCGAUGACACUCGGCCAGACCGGCUCUUGAAGCUGGAGGAUGCCGAGCUUGUUGCCGCCGAGUACAAUUGCGUUGUCAGUGCGAGCGAGGAGGCAGCGUUCGAUAUUUAUCCGCGGCCAGAGCCAUCGGCAGAAGAACGAGCGAAACUCCCACUUCGACCACCUGUCGUUACGAUCAUGGGCCACGUCGAUCACGGUAAGACAACACUCCUGGAUACGCUCCGGUCCACGAGCGUGGCGCAGGGCGAGGCAGGCGGUAUCACGCAACACAUUGGCGCCUUCAGCGUGCCGGUCAAUCGGCCGGAAGGCGCAAUUUCAUCUGUCACAUUCCUUGACACGCCAGGACAUGCUGCGUUUUCAACGAUGCGCAGCCGUGGCACUUCCGUGACGGACAUAGUUGUGCUGGUCGUUGCGGCUGACGACAGUGUGAUGCCGCAGACGCGCGAAGUCAUUUCCUUGGUCCGUGACGGCGAGCGGAAAGUGCCGCUUGUCGUGGCGAUCACGAAAAUCGAUGCGCCCAAAGCCGAUCCACACAAGGUCCGGUACGACCUGUUUGCCGAGGGCGUGGAAGUCGAGGAGCUGGGCGGCGAUGUCCCAUGUGUCGAGGUGAGUGCGAAGCAGAAACAGGGCCUCGAUACGCUUGAUGAGACCCUUGCUGUGCUGGCCGAAAUGGGCGAGCUACGUGCCGAAACGAGCGGCCCGGCCGAGGGCCGGAUCCUCGAGAGCCGGGUGGAAAAGGGGCGUGGUAACGUCGCCACCGUGCUUGUGCAGCGCGGCGUGCUACAGUCUGGCGAUAUCAUUGCAUGUGGGACGACAUGGGCCAAGGUCCGGCAGCUGCUCCAGCCCGACGGACGCUCGGCAAAGCAGGUCCUGCCUGGGUAUGCUGCACAGGUCGCUGGAUGGCGCGAGUUACCCAAGGCUGGCGACGAGUUCCUUGGCGCACUGGACGAGGCCAAGUGCAAGCGAGCUAUUGAGCAUCGGAAACGCGUGCUGGAGGAGCAGGCUCUUUUGUACGAUGCUGAACAGAUUGAUCAGGAACGACGACGCAAGGCGGAGGCGGAUGCGUUGCGCGAGCGGACGGAGCAAAUGACGCGCAAGGAGCUGAGCAGGAUCCAGCGUGCGCAGGAAGAUGGCUCGCUGGAUGCCGAUGCGGUUGCGAAAGCGGUGCGUGAGCAGCGCUUGGCCGCCGAGCUCGCAGCGAAGGGGGAUGCCGGUGCUAGCGCAGGAGCGGGUGGAAAGGCCGAGAGGGCCGAGCUGAACUUGAUCCUUAAGGGCGAUGUAUCAGGCACCGUGGAAGCUUUGGCCGGCGCCGUAAGCCACAUCGGUAAUGCAGCUGCGGGCGUACGAAUUGUGUCGCAAAGUGUGGGUGAUCCUACUGAGAGCGACGUGAACACGGCCCAUGCCAUCGGUGCGCACAUCAUUGGCUUCCAUGUCAAGGCGCCAAAAUCCAUUCAGACCUCGGCGUCCCGGUGCCAACCGCCAGUCCCACUCCACUGUGACGACGUAAUCUACCGACUCAUGGACCAUGUAACUGACAAGGUGGCUGCUUUGUUGCCGCCCAUCGAUGAGAUGCGUGUGUUGGGCGAGGCAAAUGUGGCGCAGCUCUUCCAUAUCAAACAAGGACAGCGCCGAGCGCCCAAAUGCAUUGCUGGUUGUCGCGUGACAAAUGGGACCGUCAGCCGGGCGAAUGAGAUCCGGAUUCUCCGCGGCGAUGAGCGCAAAGAAGUGUUUCGUGGACGCCUCGAUACGCUCAGACAGGUGAAGAAGGAUGUGUCUGAAAUGCGCAAGGGCACUGAGUGUGGUAUGUCGUUCGAUGGCUUUGAUGAUGUGCAAAUCGACGACAAGAUUCAGUGCUUUACGAUGGUGCAGGUGCCAGCUACGCUGAAGUGA